AGCUUUCUCCCUAUUUCUUCCCAAUUGGAUUGGGUGUGGGGUUUUUCAAGCCGGCAUUACACUUUUCCCUUCGAUGGCCCCUUCUCGGGAAAAUCUCAUUUCUUUCCUUUCUUGAUGAAACUCUAAAGCUCGAGAAACCGAAAGAAAACAAGAAAAAGAAAGAUCGAGAAAGAGAGCUAUCCAAGGGGCCUCUGUGUGUGUGGAGAACUGGGUAAAUGGAGAAAGAUCAUCGUUACGUGUUGGAAAUAACCUUAAUCUCCGCACAAGGACUUAAAGAACCAUCCAGUCAACUCCGCCGCAUGCAAACCUACGCCCUUGCAUGGAUCGAUCCCUCCCACAAGCUCCGUACUUGCGUGGACCGUAUAGGCGGUGGAAACCCUACCUGGAACGACAAAUUCCUCUUCAAGGUUUCCUCCAAUUUCCUUUCUAGAGACACAUCCGGCGUUUCCGUAGAAAUCUUCGCCAUCGGCGUCCUCCGCGAUUCCUCACUAGGAACCGUCAGGUUGCUCGUCGGUAACUCGCUUCGCUCCGGUUCCGCCUCCUUCGACAACGCCGUGAUGAUGCACCAUCCCCCUUCUUUCACUGCAGUUCAAGUUCGCCGACCUUCUGGUAGGUUCCAAGGUGUUCUCAACAUUGGGAUUACCGUUCUUGACACGGCCGAUGUCCCCGACAUGGCCGGCGUCUCCGCCAUCGGUUUCCGUGACCUGAUCCGGGAGAGCGAAAAUUCGAGGAAACACCGUGGCAUGAAGAAGUCAAAGUCUACACUCCCCGGCGAGAAAUUGUGGCGCGAAUGUGAUGAUCAAUCGGACGAUGGCCAUUCCAUGACGACUUCGUCAUCGUCUCCGGCAUCGACGACGCUGAGGGAAUGGAAUGGGUUAGUUCGGGAAGUGGAAAAAGCGAAGCACCUGAGGGCUUCAUCAGAAGAUGGAAUGUGUGGAUUGGGGUUGUCGAAGACUGGUUGUCUCAGUCCCUUCAUUUACAGUCCUACGAGCUUUAAUGAAGGGAAAACCAUGAAUGAGCAGUCAAGAUUCGCUUGA